UUGUCUGCAUACACGCGUCGUGGGUCGACGAUGACAGACUCAGAGCCAGCGAACACGACCUCUUCAAGUGCUUCUGUCCUGGGAUUAACUUUUGACAACCCUCCGUCCGACAUCGGACCUAUCGUCUCUGGAAUAGGUCACGAAGACAACGUGGAUCCACCAGACAUGGAUGAACCCAGCAACGACCCCAAGGCAGAACCUGCUGAGGGACAAACAGCCAAUGCCUCUGAAGCGAGGGAUGACAAACCUGACGUCGAAGCGAAAACAUCUGCGACAGAAGAAGAAACCGCGGACGGGGAGGAAGCAAAGUCUGCCACAAGUCCCAGCGAAGCCGCCAAGUCCCCGAAAGACCACAAGAAGCCCCGUAAUCCAGGAUACGUCAAUCCUGACAGGGUGAAGACUGGCGGCGUGCGCGACAAACCCUCUGAGGAUGAACUCGCUCGGCGAAUGGAGCGUAUCCGUCUCCAGAACGAAAAGAUCCUCGCAAAACGCGAGCAGGCCGACAAAGAUGCCCAGAGAUACCAAGAGGCUAUGGUACAGGAACGAGAAGCCGCCAAGAAGCGGCGUGAGGUGCAAAACCAGAUCAACAGCCAAAGGCAGGCUAAUGCCGAGCGCAAGCUCGGGAAUCGCGUUGGGCGAGAAUGGGAUGCUGGGAAGGAUAUUCCCAGUCCCCCUCCUGAACGAGGACGCGGGUACGAUCGUGGCUAUAUGCCGCGGGGCACAGGCCGCCAACUAAGGGGCGGCUUCCGAGGUGCACCAAGAGGCCCCCGCGGACGUGGUCGUGGGUUCACACCUGGUGGUACAACUUCUCCUGGAUCCUCUGCUCCUCCAACAGAGCACACUGCUCCGCAGGCACCAGACCCAACCCCGGCUGAGGCGGCUGCCAUGUCAAAACCAUGACGAGCCGCCCUCGAGUGAAUAUAUGUAAUCACCGCUCAUGAGCUACGGACUGUGCCCGCAUCUUUCAAGGUUCAUGUACCAUCUGACCGCUAUGCAAUGUUAUCAUGCUUGUACCAUGCUUGCUACCACUAUUCCCCCAACCUCAACAAAAGUUAUGUCGUCAUGUAGUAUGAAAGAGCCCGUUGCUCAACUCCCAUACCCUAUC